AAAAUAUAUUUGAAAUGGCAUCGUAAAUCAUACUUAAUUGAUUUUAAAUAUUAGAAAAUUGUUUUUAAAUGAAACUUAAUUGAUAUAAUAAUUACCCGACGAUGAAUACCGCGGGUACAAUUCCAUAUAAUAACUUUGUUCAAUUAAUAUAUUCUAAGUGUCGGGUGAAAAAUAAUUAACUACAAGUAAACAAACCUUGUUAAUUGCAUUUCAUACAAAAUUUCAACAAAACGUCUUCAUACAAAAUACAAACAUAGCAAUUAUUUUAAAAAACCGUUCACUUUCAGUCAAGUGUGAGCGAAUAAAAUUAUAUCGAUGUUACUAAAUUAAACACGAUGUAAAACAAUUAACGGUGUUGAAUGCAAUUAUGUGUUUGCCUUGAAACUUCGGAGAAUAUGUGUGCUUUCCAGCAAGACACAGUGUCCACUAGUGUAAGCGAGACACACUGACAUGUUCUUUCUCACACUAAUGGACACUGUGUUACACUGUCUUGCUGGAAAGCACACUCUGUGUCUGUCUGUCUGUCUCUCUUUCUCUCGUGGCAAAUUAUUUUUAUUCGAUAUUUUAUGCAUUUGUAGAGAGAGAAUGGAGGGAAUGUGAAAAACUGACAUCGCUAGCCCAUUGUAGAUACCAUCAAGUCAACUCUAUCCCUCUCUACUUAUAUGUGCAAUUAAUGUCAAAGAAUAAAUGCUAUAUCUGACUAUACGGGAUAUAUGUACAUGUCAAUCAUUAGAAAAUGCAACAUAUCGCGUGGCAAAACGGUUUUGUCACUUGAGGGAUAACUAAGAGGAGUUAUGAUUAUUUGACGUUUAAUAGUUGAUCGUGGCAGUCGUGCGAAGCAAGUUUGAAAAUUGACAUUCAACGCGGUUAAGCGUGUAGAAUAUAUAUCUCUGACAACUAUGGCUGAAAGUAUUUACAGUCAUUAUUAUGAUAUUGUUUAUAAAAUAUCAUCUCUGACUGGCAUGUGGCCAUAUCUAAAGACAAAAAUAAGAAUAUUUCGUAUCGCCUUGUUAACUAUAAUAUUAUUAACUAUUCUCGUGCCACAGAUAGCAUAUCAAUUUAUGUGCAAGAAAAACUUGCAGUGCACAUUUCAAGCCAUGACAGCUUAUUUACUAUCAAUUGUGGCUGUGCUGAAGAUGUAUACCUUUCAAUUUAACGUUCAUACAAUAAAAGACCUCACUCGACACCUGUUCUGUGAUUGGAAAGAAUUACAUACUUCUGAAGAGUAUGAAAUUAUGAAGUCUUACGCUGCAAAUAGUAGACGAUUUUCCGUGAUAUAUUCUGUGUACUAUUAUUUCGGCGUAUAUGUAUUUAUAUCCAUGUCUCUCAUUCCGCAAGUGUUGGAUAUUGUUUUACCUCUCAAUGAAUCUCGUCCUAUGCUGCCAGUUUAUCCUGGAUAUUAUUUUGUCGACGAGAAGAAAUAUUUCUUCUAUAUUUUCUCGCAUGCUAUGAUGGCUUGGGAAAUUGCUGUAACUGUGAUAAUCUCCCACGAUUGCAUGCUCCUAACUUACAUCGAACAUGUUUGCAGUAUUUUCGCUCUAGUCGGAUUUCGGUUUGAACAAUUGAUACAUAAUGAUGCUAUGAAAGUUUUACAUUCUGAUACAAGUGAUACGUAUCACAAACAAAUCGCAUUCUCCGUAUAUACGCACCGUAAAGCUUUAAGAUUCGCUCAACUGAUCGGAGAUACGUUUUCAUUAACGUUGACUCUACAAUUAGCACUAAAUACUGUAAUGAUCAGUAUUACGUUGUUACAAGUAACACAGCAGCAAGCCGAUAUUUUACAACUGAUAAGAUAUAUAAUGUAUGUCAUUGGCCAAUUAAUCCACUUAUUUUGCCUAAGUUUCGAGGGACAGAAACUAAUAGAUCACAGUCUUCAAACCUGCGAUAAAAUCUACAAUAGUUUUUGGUAUGAAACGACUCCCAAGUCACAAAGAAUGCUUCUGUUUGUGAUGCAAAAGAGUCUUCAACCUAGUUUCUUAAGUGCUAGUAAAAUCUACAUUUUCUCAAUGGAAAACUUUACCAUGAUCAUGCAAACUUCGAUGUCAUACUUUACCGUACUCUCAACUUUGGAAUAAUUAAGCAACGAUUAGUGUUCAAAUAUGAGACUCUACAUCCGUAAAAAUCAUAAUUUUUACAUCAAGGCAAGUUUGUUAUUCAUUUACACGUGAGUAACUUUUAGUAACAUUGCAAUGAAUUUUUAUCACUCACUUGCGUCUGUGUACUUGUAGUUCUUGAAAUUAAAUAGCGAAACAUUAUAUACAUAUGUUGCAUUGCGAAAAAAUAUUCCUAACUCUGAAAAUGUUUUACGCAAUGGAAAAAUAAGAAUAUAAAAAUUAUUAAAUUUUAAUUAGGUUUAAUAAUUUUGAAAAAUUGUAAUCGUUACGUGUAACGCAGUAGAUGAACUUAUCGAUACAUUUUCGCGAUAGAAUUACAAGAUACAAAACAUAUUCAACAUUAUAUCACAAAAAAUGUAACAUAAAGUUGUUUUGUCCUUACGACUGUCUGUAACAUCAAAAGUAGUUUGUCGUGCUGUUUAAUUCGUUAAAGACAGAUCUUAAAUGUGUUAAAGAAUUCUCUGUUGUCAAUUGUUUAGAAAAUAAAGUUGUAUACAAUAAAGUUUGCGUUAAAUGUUCUCUCAUCCUAGAAGAAAAGAAACAGAAAGAAACAAAAAGGAAUAAAAAGUUACUAUCCAUAUGUUAAUCGACAAACACUCUUAAGAGUUUUCUUCAAAAUCUUAUAAUCGAUAAGGUCAAUUGCAAUGAAUAAAUAAGAGAUUCACGAUGUACAUUGUGGGUUAUAAAAGUGCGUAUAAAAAAAGAAAUAAUCGGUUACUAAAUAUUAAUAAUUAUAUUAUAUUUAUUAUUUAAAAUUUUAAUUUUAUUAUUAUUUAAAAAUCAAAUUAAUGGCCGGUGAACUUUAACGAUUGAUGCGUAAAUGACCAGUAGACAAAUUUUUAUUUUACAAGAAAAAGAAUGUAUAUAUAAUAUGUAUGAAAAAAUACUUUAAUUUAAAAAUAGCUUUAUUACAAUAAUAAUUAACUUUUUAAAAGUUAUUAAGGUUUAAAAAGACUAGUAGUACUUAUCUAGAUAUGUCAAUAUUAAAAUAUAACAUUUGAUCUGACAUUUGAACUUGAAUGAUCAUUCACUAGUCAACCAUUUUCGUGUUCAAUUUACUAGUUAAUGCCGAGGUGCAUAUUUUUCUUUUUUUAUAGUGACAUUUUUUAAUAAAAAAAAAUAUUUUAAUUAAAUCUGUAUUAAAAAAUGAAUAUACAAAAUUAUCAAUUAAUGUGUAAUUUAUUAUUUUAAAAUAUUUUUUAUAAAUAAAAUUUUAAUAUUUUUUAUAAACAAUCAUUUUUCUGAUGCAACUGUUCAAAAAUUUGUGUAGUGAUUCUAUAUAGGAAACGUAAAAUUUGCUUUCCAACAGGAAAUUGUAAAUGAUAUGUAAAUGCUGUAAAAAAUAUCUUAUAAAGUUAUGUAAUAAGAUGCAAAAUUUUUUGAUUUAAGGAUAUAACAAAGAUAUUUCUUGUGCACAAUACAUUUUUAUAACACACAUACUUAUAUCUUUUGUUUCAAUGUGUUUUUUUAAUGGAAGUAAUUAUUUAAUGAUUAUAUUUUAAUUAUAAAAUGUAAGUCUGAUUUACUUGGAAAAAGUUUACUAUUAACGAAAAAGUAAAUCUCCGUAGUCUUAAAUCAGAUUAUGGAUGAAAAAUUCUUUUUUAAUGGUAUAAAAAAUUAAUUUAUUAUUCUUAAAAAAAUGUAUUGUAAAGAAUGACAGUGUAGAAGAGAUAAAGCAUUGUUUUUUUAAUCUUUUUCAUAUCGUUGAGCUGAAAAACUUUUGUCGUUAUUAUAGUAAAUAUCAUUGUUAAACAUACGAUUUUGCUUGCCGAAAAUGAGAUUUCUCCAAGAUCACGAA